CGUCGCCGCCGUCGACCACAAGCCAGAGGUCGUCGCGACCACCGAUCGCACCGAAGCCGUGCCCACCCGUGCGGUCGCCCCCCGAGGGACGGAGUACGGCAUGCUAUGGAGGCAUCUGUUGGCGGGCGGAGUGGCCGGUGCCGUCUCCCGCACGUGUACCGCACCAUUGGAUAGGCUUAAAGUGUUUCUACAAGUAAGAGGAGCUGAAUUUCACGGUCUGGGCAUUUGCCUGAAGCAUAUGCUGGAAGAGGGCGGUGUGGCCUCCCUAUGGCGGGGCAAUGGUAUCAAUGUGAUCAAGAUUGCACCCGAAAGUGCCAUCAAGUUUAUGGCUUACGAACAGGCAAAACGUGUGAUUAGAGGGAACGCCACCCGAGAACUAUAUAUUUACGAGAGGUUUUGCGCCGGAUCGAUCGCCGGCUGUAUCUCUCAAUCUGUGAUAUACCCGAUGGAAGUGCUUAAGACACGGCUGACACUGAGGAGGACAGAUCAAUACCAGAGUAUAAUGAGCGCCAUUAGGCAAAUACGCGCACAGGAAGGCGUAUUCAGUUUCUACCGGGGCUUUUUGCCCAACCUAUUGGGCAUUAUUCCAUACGCUGGCAUCGAUUUAGCCGUUUAUGAA